AUGGCGAUAAACCAAAAGACCACGCACGACGAGAACGAUGAUGCAGACGGCGUGAGCUCCGUGAACGGGGCCUUUGUGGCGGCCAUCAAGACAUCGUACGACGAGCUCAAGAUUGGCAACGACGUGGCCGCGCUCGAGGCCCAUGGCUUCCGCGACGGCGACGACCCCAUCACGCUGUCGGCCGGCUCGGCCGUGCCCGCGGACUGCGACCUGUGCGAGGGCAACCCCGUGCAGAUCGACCAGGCCGCGCUCACCGGCGAGUCCUUCCCGGUGACCGUGACCACGGCAACAACGCCAAGAUGGACCCCACGGUCGUAG